GUGCGCGUCUGGAACGAGACGGUGUCCAACCUGACGCUGAUGGCUCUGGGUUCCUCUGCUCCGGAGAUCCUGCUCUCGGUGGUGGAGGUCUGCGGUCACGGGUUCAACGCCGGACAGCUCGGACCCAACACCAUCGUGGGCAGCGCCGCCUUCAACAUGUUCGUCAUCAUCGGCCUCUGCGUGUCCGUGAUUCCCGACGGAGAAACCAGGAAGGUGAAGCACCUCCGGGUGUUCUUCGUCACCGCCACCUGGAGCGUGUUCGCCUACAUCUGGCUCUACCUGAUCCUCGCCGUCUUCUCCCCGGGGGUGGUUCAGAUCUGGGAGGGGCUCGUCACUCUCGCCUUCUUCCCGAUAUGCGUCGGGUUCGCCUACGUGGCCGACCGCAGACUCCUCUUCUACAAGUACAUGUACAAACGCUACCGGGCCGGGAAGAGGAAGGGAGUGAUCAUCGAGACGGAGGGAGAACCGUUGGAGCUGCCGUCAAAGAUGGCCGUGGAGAUGGACGGGAAGAUGCUGAACUUCUCCCACGGAGGAGAAGAGUUGGAGUUCAAGGAGCUGGACGAGGAGGAGUCGCGCAGAGAGGUGUCCCGGAUCCUGAAGGAGCUGAAGCAGAAACACCCCGAGAGGGAGAUGGAGCAGCUGAUGGAGCUCGCCAACUACCAGGUUCUGAGCCAGCAGCAGAAGAGCAGAGCGUUCUACCGCUGCCAGGCCACCAGGAUCAUGACGGGCGCCGGGAACAUCCUGAAGAAACACGCCGCCGAACAG